AUGACCAAACAACCAUCCUCACCAACUCCACGACGAUCGAGAAAGGGCAAAGAGAUCUGUACCGGAUCUCCGUAUUCGAGUUCGGACGACGAAUCCCCAAUUCCGAGUCCGCGUCGGUCCAUUACCCCCGACCAGCCUUCAUUUUGGAGGUGUGCCGACGAGCCUGAGACCUACCAGCCAACCGUUUCUCCUCGUUGUACUCCGAAACGAAGAUCUGUUUCUGCCAGUCCCUCGACUCCUGGAAACGCUCGUGGAAGACGCUCAAAGUCGGAAUCCCCCAAAUCGCUCUUCAAACCUCCCAAAAAGUCGCCCAAAAAGUCGCCCAAAAAGUCUAGGAGAAGCAAACUAAUGGGGUUCUUGAACAGCCCCGUCAACACGUUGCACCGUUUUUCAAAGUCGGAAAAACCGCCAAAGUCACCAAAGAAGAAGAGUACCAAGCACGCGCUCGCUCCCAUCUCCGGUGAGUCAGUCAAUGGGCGAAUAGAGGCCCUGAAAGCCCACGCCGACCAGCCAACUCCGUCAACCAUCUCGCCGAUGCGGUAUGGUAUGCUGUCGCCCCCAUUUGUUCCAGGCGGCGAGGGCCCUUCUUCCCAGACGAGCCGCCCUGCAGUUCCAUCUCAUGGAGACAGAAAGAAGAGCCUGAUUGGAAAGAUGGACAAGGAUACCGCCACCUCCGAACAAGCACUACUGGAGGAGCGUGAGCGGAGGAAGCAGGCCGAGCGAGAAGCCCAGAGAGAAGCGCAGACAGCAAGACAAGAGGAGCUUGAGCGAAUGGAGGAGGGAGAGGCAGAUGGCGGAAAUGGCGGCGAGGCUGAAGUGGAGAGCCCGGAGGAGAGACGGGGGGAGACAGUGGUGGAGAGACGGGAGGACAGGCACGAGGCUCGUUGGAAUGAGGAUGGCCCCGGACACAUAGGGACUGGGAGGGCAGACGCUUGGAGCGCAGUUUUGAAUCGGACUACUGAGCAACCUGAGAGUGAUGACCCUGCCCACGUGAGUGAAUAUUGUUUUCGUUCACCUAUGGGCUAUCGUGUUCGCACAACUGGAGUUCUACAGGGACCCCCAAGCCCGAGCCCGCCUGCUCUGGACGGAUGGCCCCUGUUGACACUACCACCACCACCACCACCACCACCAUUCCCACAACUGCGGCAAGAGGAGCAGCCUACUGAUGAAUAUGAGGCAGAUCCCCAUCAAACCCAUGAGAUCGAGACCCCGCCGCCUACCGUCGGAAGUUCGGAGAGGCGUUUGGGUGAUGCAAUCAGAUUGAACCCGCCAUAUGAUCAGGGAGAGGACCAGCAUCGAGGGGACCAACCACCAGCACAAGGGCCGGGGAGCUCUCCUUCUGAGCAGUUGAGCCGGGCUGUCGAACAGCUUCAUGUUGGGGAGAUGGAGAGGGUUGUCGUGGGCGACCCCUCGGGGGUGGUAGACCAGCUCGAUGGAGAUCAGCAACAGGGCUUUAUGGAAGAUGUCGCCGUGGUACCCUCCCAAGACAUCCCUUGUCGGGUUUCUACGCGAAUGAGAUGUGAUCAUCCCGAUGACAGUGACAAUGGCUCCAGUUCUGACGACUCCAGUUCCGAUAAUGGGGACCCGAGGGAUGCGGGGGAUGGAGACGGAGACGGCGGAGAAGGAAGGAGAGGCAUGGAAGACGACGAUGAACAUCGACAGAGCGAGGGUGACAAUAAGGAGCCGUUCCCGCCACAGCCAGCCCAUGGGGACGGGAGUGGCGACAAUCCCCCCGGCGAUCCUGUCGUUAGCCCACAGUCCCCAGUCACCAAUGCCCCAGGUCCUCCACCAGACGAUCCUGUGCUUGUCCCACAACCCCCAGUCGUCAAUGCCCCAGGCCCUACACCAGACGAUCCUACCCUUAUACCACAACCCCCAGUCGUCAACGUCCCAGUCCCUAACGUCCUCAUGCGCUACGUUGACUUUUACCGGCAUACAUUAGCUGUCGACGAUCCCGGUCUUCCGAACAAUGUAUCUCACGAUGAGUCUGUCCCAGGUGAAGGGCCAGUCAAUGCGAUGCAUGUGACUCAUGGUGCAGUCGUGGAUUCAGUUCAGGAUCCCCUGUACACAAGCAACAGUAUUCUAGAUGCCAUUCACGCUGAGUUUGGAACUGUACAUGAUGGCAUUCGCACCUUGGCUGCUGCUCUUGACGGUCUCAUUGAGGAAGCCCGUAGAGCUGAAGUCGCCAGACGAGAAGAAGUCGCACGAAAGCAUCUUCGUGAUUUCGAACGGCGCCUUAGUAUUGAAGAUGCAGCACCUGGUGGUGAUAUCAGUGCUGUGGAACGAGCUGCCAUAAACUCCAUCACGACAAUGCGAAACUCAGCUCUCCGUUCCUUGGAAGCAGCUCGUGUCGCCGCCAACCGCCAAACAGAGGGGACAGCCAAACGGGUUGGUAGGGAUGCUGUUGACAUCAUGCGUCAGAACGCUGAAAAUAUUGCUACGGCUGCAAUUUCUAGGGUCGAAGAUGCAAGGGGCGGUGUUGUGGCGGCCGUUCAACAAGCAGGUGAGCAUGCGGUUCGGGCUCUCCAUGAAGCCGUAGCCGAAUUUCGGCAAGAGCUCGCUGGCACCCAGCCCGGUGGCGAAGCUGACACCGAUGGGUCCCAGAGGCUGCAAUGUCGAAAGCGUUCUUAUCCUUUCGAGUACGAACCCGACGGCGAUGCCAGGAUGGCGAUUUGUCCCAUGAAGAAACGUCAUGUUGGCGAGGGUCUAAACUUUGCCCGCUACAACUUGAUUGCCAAGCAUCGUGCUCACCAGAGGUUGGUAGCAGCAUCACCAUCCUAUUGCACUGGAGCGGAGGAGAAUUUUGGAAAUGUGCUGGAUAUCUUUUUGAUUGAGGGAGUGUGUCACAAGGGAGCGGCGGAAUGGGCUGAAGAAAGUUAUGAAGACCAGGAAAAAAGGAGGCAGCAGAUACUGGCUGAGCAGAAGAAGAGUGCGUCUCGCCAUGUCAAGUGGUUGGAGAGUUAUCUGCAGAGGCAGAAGAAGUUGAUACCUGAGUUGUUGAAUUGUUCUGUUGAAGCACCAUUCAGUGAUACAAACGUCCAAGAUUUGCUCAAGGGGAUUGAAGACGAGAUUGUAUCGGUUAAAAAGGAGAAGAGGAAGCUGAAGCGUUUCCUGCGGGCAAAUGACCGAAAGAAAUGGAAGACCAGCAUUGCCAGGCGCGAAGUUGAAACCGCUCUGCAAGGCCCUACAAGUGGCAGUGAGGUGUAA